GUCCAUCUCAAGGGUCCUGGGAGGGGGGUUUCGUCACCCAAACAAGGUCUCUGAAUGUGAAUUCGACGUCAUCGCAUGAACAUCACAUACAAUGCUGUACCACACAAUAGAGUUUGUAGGCCACGUUAUGUACACUAUGCUGCCGACAUACUGGUUGCCCUGUGCCCAUGGACAACUGUUCAACUGUUGUUCUUGUGACCAUAUCUUUCCAAUAUGGAAUGAUAUGACACUCACUUGAACUGCAACACCAAGAGGGCAAUUGACUAAACAGGACAGAGACCUACAAUCAAGCAUCAACCUCCACCUCUACCUCCACCACCAACAUGGCCUCACGAUCCGGCGUCGCAGGCCUAAAGUGCCUCCAGUGGCUCUUCCGUGGCCUCCAGCUGGCGUGCGCCGCCGUGAUCCUCGGCAUCUACUCGUACUUCCUCGCCACCAUGCUCGACCACGAACUCACGCUGCCCACGAGCGUCAAGGCCAUCGAGGGCAUCUCGGCCGCCGCGACCCUCUACGCCGUGGCCGGCGUGCUCCUGGUCUGGUGCUGCGCAGGCCACGCCGCGACCUCGUUCAUCGCCAUGCUCAUCGACCUCGGCCUCACAGCCGCCUACAUCUACGUCGCCGUGGCCAACCGCGCCGGCGCCAGCUCCUGCAGCGGCUCCUCGGGCGUCGACAGCCCCUACGGCUCCGGCUCCGCAUCUGCCACGCCCUCGUCGUCCGCAGGGAGCGCCGUCGUGCGCCUGCCCACGUACGGCGUCGCGUGCCGCAUGGAGACGGCCUGUCUGGCUGCUGCGUGCGCCGCGGCCGUCUCGCUCCCGCUGUCCAUCCUGCUCGAGUUCGGCAUGAACCGCGGCCGGCGCCGGGCGUCCAGG